GACAAACACAUACAGUUACAUGCAGUUUUCCUGGUCCCAGAGAGAAGAUCAAUCUCUCAAAUUACCUAACCUAAAUUGGAAUAAAAAUGAUCAUUUUUGGUCCUCCUGAAAGGAGGACAUUUAAAAAAAAAACAGGGGUGAUGGGUGUAGUAUUGUGGUUCUGAUUGUGUGUGUGUGUGUAUUUUGUAAUAUAUUUAUUAUGGAAUUAUAGCAAACAUCUCGCUCCUGAUCACAUCAGUGAGGGUGAAGUGGGGAGGAUGAUGUGAUGUUUAAUCACAGAAUGGGAGUUCCUAAGGGUGAUGCUGGCACUGGCAUGGGAAUCUAUGCAUUCAGAGCUCUUCCUUCCAGGAUGGCAGAAGUGCAUGUUACGGCACUCUAGUGACCCCAUGUGGCUAUAAGGAGUCGGCGCUAGCCUCCUCAGCUCAAAAGGUGGUCCCGUUGUAGGGUGGGGACUGUCCAGGUGAGAAGAAAGUCGGAGAAUACUAACGCACUUGCCCCCAUGUAGAAUAAUACCGGGAACAAGACCCACCCAGUGUGGAGAAGGCAGUGGACCCUUAUCUGCAGGCAUUAGGAUUCACCAAGAAGUAGGUUUCUCAGUUCUGCCAUGGUUGCAUUUACCACCAUCAGCUUCAAGUGGAUCUUACCUGUCAGUGGCAAAAAAUAAAGCAACAGGAAGCCCAGACGUAAACAGCUCAGACCCCCAGAGGGGCCAUUUUACUCAUGUUCCUGGGAGCAGGGAAUUGUCCCAGGAGCUGUACCCUAUUUGUUGACUGACUGAAAGUAAGGCCCAUGUGGCUUGAGUAAAUAUUUGAAGUUAGGGAUUAACUAGCCUCCACCAGGGCUCAUGGCAGAAGAGCAGAGAGCUGUGAUUCAAACUGGUCGAUCAGUAAGUGCUUCCAAAGUAUUAUACCCUGCUCGAUUUAAGAGGGAGGCUUGUUUGGCAAAUCCUGAAUCUGGGAAGGGAAAAGGAGAAAGAAGACGUAUGUGGGGACGCUGACGAUGGUAUGAAGGGAACUAGUGGAACUGUUAGGAUGGACUUUAACGAUCCACUGCUUUUGAUUUGCACUCCGGCUGAGGAGCAAGUCGGCCUUUCAGGUGGGCUCCAGCUGCCUGGAAAACAAAGGAGGGAACAGUCUGAUCUGCUGCCUAGCUAGAAAUUCCUCCAGCUCGGGGAGUGCAUUGGGCCCUGCUGGGGCAUGCGCUUUCAUUCCUCCCCUUUAAUCCCCUAGGUGUGCCAUUCUGCACUAUGUGGAGGCUCUGUACUCUUUGGGUGUUGGUGGCUGCCUGCUCUGUGCACCGUGGACAUGGGGCCUCAGUAUUUUACAGCAGCAAAGAUGCAAACCAAAUCCUGAAAAUCCAGAAGCGGGCAAACACUUUUCUGGAGGAGCUCAAGCCAGGCUCUUUGGAGCGAGAAUGUAUUGAGGAGCAGUGUGACCUGGAGGAGGCCCAUGAGAUAUUUGAGACCAGGGAAACAACUCUAAACUUUUGGACUAAGUAUGUUGAUGGAGAUCAGUGUUUAUCCAAUCCUUGUUUCAAUGGGACCUGUCUGGACAAUAUUGGACAAUUUAACUGCAUUUGCAACCAAGGCUGGGAGGGACGCCUGUGCCAACAUGAGGCCAACUACACCAACUGCUCCACUUACAAUGGGGGAUGUGAACAUUUCUGUCAUGAGGAUCCGAAGCAGAGCCAGCGCCGCUAUUGCAGCUGUGCCUCAGGGUAUCAGCUGAUGGACGACCAUUCCAAGUGUGAGCCUGUUGUGGAGUUCCCCUGCGGAAGGGUGAAGGCAGAUCACAUGGAGCUCAAAUCAGGUGUCCAAAUUCGACUCAUUUCAGGGAAAAGGGGAAGAAAAGGAGACAGCCCCUGGCAGACCAUGCUGCUAGAUGGCAGGGGAAAGUUUAAAUGCGGAGGUGUUCUCAUCCAUCCCUCCUGGGUUCUAACGGCAGCACACUGCGUUGAGGACAAAGGGAGGUUCAAAGUAAGACUUGGGGAAUACCACCGUCUGCGGAAUGAGGAAACGGAGCAAACCAUUACGGUUGACAAGCUAGUGAGCCAUGAAAACUACAGCAAGGAGACCUCCGAUAAUGACAUAGCCAUGCUGCAUCUGGCUCAGCCCAUGAUUUUCAACAAAUUUGUGCUCCCUGUUUGUCUUCCCACCAAGAAACUAGCAGACCAAGAGCUGACGGCGAAUGGGAAGCAGAUGGUGGUGACUGGCUGGGGGAGCAAAAGUGACGUCUCCUCAAAUUACUCUAUUGUUCUCAGUUACAUCGAAAUUCCCAUGGUCCCACGGAAUGAGUGUGUCCAAGCUAUGAGGCAUGACAUCUCUGAGAACAUGCUGUGUGCAGGGAUUAUUGGAGACAAGCAGGAUGCCUGUGGUGGGGACAGUGGAGGCCCCAUGAUCACUAAGUUCAAGAACACUUGGUUCCUAGUGGGACUGGUGAGCUGGGGAGAAGGUUGUGGGAAAAUGGAGAAGUUUGGAGUCUACACCAAAGUCAGCCAAUACCUGGAGUGGAUCCACCAGCAAAUUAAAACAAUGGACAACUCAUCUAAGGGCUGAUUCUCAUUAAGAGGAAUUGGGACCAUUGUGGCCAUAUGCUAAUGACAAUACACAGUACAAUGUGCUGUCAUGUCUUCUGGUAUUAAAGCUAGAGUAUAUAAAGCAAGAAUAUGUUAACUGUGUGUACUCUUUUCCUUGCUAUUUUCCCCAUCUUAGGUAGUUAUUUGUUUAUUUGUAGGGACACCAGUUGUGACUCAGGGCCCCAGUGUGCUAAGUAUUAUACAAUUACAUGUCGACAAGAUGGGACCUGACCCAAAGAGCUUGCAAUCCGAGUAUGAGACAAAAUAUAUGAUGUUAUGCACCAGCCUGCAAUUGACUUAUCUAGUCACCUGAGCUGUUUGGGAGCUGAGGUGCAAGGUUGAGAAUUUUUGUCCUUAUGAGUUGAACAGUCCAGAUGAACAUAACAGUGAUUCACAUUCAAGCAAUAUAAGACUAAGGUGUACAAAGCAGCAUAGGGAAAUUGGAGAACUGACUCCUAUUCGGCUGGGCACUUAAACCGCUUGGGUUAGUUUUGAAAAAUCUCUAAAUGUUCUAUGCCUAACGUGUUUUCUUAAAAUUAAAGUGUAAGUGGGAGUUUGGUUUUUCCAUAUGCCAGCUUAAGGGGAAAUUAUUUCAGUUUUAAAAGGCAAGAUUUAAAGAGGUACUUUCUCACUAGGGAAACAGGAAAUGAUAGCAUGGAUAACUCUAUCAUCGUUAACCCAGGUUACGGUUUCAGUCUUACGUGGCACAUUUACUAGUUUUUCACAAUUUUCAGCUUGCUCCCUCACAGUCAAUCCAGUCUUUCAACUCAGUGCUGUCAUUAUAACAUUGCUGCAUCCACUCGCUCAUCCGUGUCUUCUCCCAGAGUUCACACUUCGUGAGCUCAGUGAGACUUCCCCUCAGACUCAGUUACUUGCAAAUUCAGGCAACGAUACUGCUCCCAUCGGAGCCAAUGGAUAUUCUGCUGUU